AUGUCCACUUUUAAACGAUUACUUGGGUGCUCCAAUCCGCGUAGACUGCGUUUCCAAAUUCUGUCAGAUCUUCAUCUCGAGACGGGAAAUCAGUAUAAGAGUUUCCAGGUUCCAGUUCAAGCCCCCAUUCUCAUCUUGGCUGGUGACAUUGGCCGGCUGCACGACUACGAAAAUUACCUGUUCUUCAUAAGUACGCAAUGCGCCAAGUUUGGCCAAGUGUGUCUCGUCCUCGGAAAUCACGAGUUUUAUGGCGUUUCACGAGCUGAAGGCUUAGAGCUUGCCUACAGGUUGCAGAGAGAGCCCAGUACGCUAGGAAAGCUGUCUGUCCUCAACCGGACAAGGUUGGACGUCGACCCGUCCAUCUGUGUGCUUGGUUGCACUCUCCAGUCACAUAUACGACCGGAAAACCGAGCUGAGGUGCAAAGCCGGAUCAAAGACUUUCGAAGAAUACAUGAUUGGAGUGUCGACCAUCACAACACUGAGCAUGCCAAGGACGUGAAGUGGCUGCGGAAUGAGGUUGAGUCGAUCAGACUUGAAUCUAAGCGACAGGGCCGAGAGAAAAUGAUUAUUGUUGUCACCCAUCAUGCACCCAUCAAAAAGGGAAGCAGCCAUCCCAAGCACGAGGGAAAUCCGUGGGCCGAUGGAUUUGCUACAGACUUGCUCGGCGUUCCUGGAGGAAUCAGCAGGGUAGAUUGGUGGAUUUUUGGCCACACGCACUUCACAAACCAGUGGCGGCAGCACGGAGUCCACCUUGUCAGCAACCAGCGAGGUUAUGUGCUGAAUCCUGCUGGUGGAACUCAGCUCUCACAAGGACCUCAGCAGCAACCUAUCUGGCGAGUUGUCUCGUCCCCAUUCGCAAGGGAAAUGUGCUUCGAUCCACGGAAAUGCAUCGAGGUCAAAGCUUUGUAG